UAUAAAGGCCUCCGCCGCCGCGCCGGACGUAAACGUACGCCAGCCGCCGCGGUGAGAGGGUCGAGCUCCGUCCGUGUCGCAUCGCUCAGCAAACCAGUCAUGUCUGACGACGCUCCUGCUGCAACUGCUGCUGCCGCUGCGCCCGCGGCCACGCCAGCGAAGAAGGGACGCAAGCCCAAGGAGGGAGGUGCCGCCAAGAAGAAGGCGUCCAAGCCGACCCACCCGCCGACGCUGGAGAUGAUCACCAAGGCGAUCGCUCACGAGAAGGACCCCAAAGGUGUAUCAGUGAUGGCUAUCAAGAAGUACAUCCUGGCGCAGUACAAGGUGCAGCCGGUGAUGCUGCGUCACAUGCUGCGGCGUGCCUUCGACGCUGGACUGGCUGCCGGUAAGCUGACCCGACCCAAGGGCCAGGGCGAGUCUCACCUCCUGUCUGGACGCUACCGGCUGGCCGGAAAGGAGCCCAAGGCCAAGAAGGCGGAGGCUGCUCCCAAGCCGAAGAAGGCUCCCAAAGCCAAGUCCCCUGCCAAGAAGCCGGCAGCGGCAAAGAAGCCCAAGGCGAAGACCCCGAAGAAGAAGCCAGCGGCUGCCGCAGCAAAGAAGGCCAAGUCGCCGAAGAAGGCGAAGAAGACGCCCAAGAAGCCAGCUGCAAAGAAGGCUCCCGCCAAGAAGAAGACCCCCAAGAAGGCGGCGAAGAAGGCGUAAAGUGUUUCCCAGUGAGUCUAUGUACAAAUCCCAGUGUAUAUAUCAUCAUCAUGCUUGGUUUUUAUUGCCUCGUUUACCAGUUGCCCAAAGAACGGCGGGCGUUCGGGGCUUGUGGAUCUCACCAAAAUGGCGAAGAAGCUGCCUGCUUAUGUAACGUGCAUAGCUCGAGUCAGAGCUGAUGUAUUCAUCAAAGUGUACAAUAAAUUAUGAGGUAUG